AUGGCGCCCUCUAAACUUCCGAUCCGGUUAGCCUCAAGUGGAGCCGAGACUAUACAGAAAUCUCACCACAUCCAUCUUGAUGGAAGAACGCUGGAAGGAGGCGGGCAACUCGUCCGAAUUGCCCUGGGACUAUCGGCAUUGACAGGCCGAGCAGUGACGAUAGAUCACGUCCGCGGAAAUCGCGGAGGAAAGACUGGCCUCAAAGCAUCGCACGCAGCAGCGGUCAAAUUGCUGGCUGAAAUUAGUGGCAGCCACGUCUCGGAUGGAAAUGUGGGAUCGAAGUGUUUGACAUUCACGCCACCACAAGCCAGUACAGAGGAGGACGAGCAAUCAGCAGACACGACCCAACAACCUCAAAAUGUACCGCUCGUAUCGCUAGCCACUCUCUCCGUGAAGACAGAGUACAACAUUCGAUUGACAACUCCGGGAUCUGUCUUUCUCAUUUUCCAGGCUCUGUACCCUUACCUGUUGCAUGUUGGAUCGCGCGCAUCGACGGAAUGCCUCAGAGUGAACAUUGUCGGUGGCACGAACGGGACUAGUUCCCCUUCCUACGACUACGCUGCUCAAGUCAUGGCACCGAAUUUUGCUCGAUUGGGUCUUCCUCCAUUCUCGAUGACGCUGCAGAAGCGUGGCUGGACCACAGGGAUCAUGGGAAUGGGUGAAGUGAGCUUCUUUAUUCGUCCUUUGCCGAAGCCCGAAGAUGUGUCCGUAGGUACGGAACCAUCGCAGCGCGUAGAUGCUGAACGCGCGUCUCGCUUUCCACGGGUCAACAUUAUGAACUAUGAGCGUGGGAAGAUUAGUCGCUUUACCGUUACUAUCCUCGCACCAAACGAUACUCUCCAGGAAGCCAUUGAGCAUAGGCAAUCUCUGACCGUUGCCAACUACGUUGAGCGAGAGACUCUUCGCAGGCUACGCAAGGCUUUGAAAUCAUUGGACUCGUCGAUUCUUGCCGAGCCAUUGGACGGAGAAAGCCGUAUGCCCAUUGAUCUGUCUCCAACAGAAAUUACAUCUCAUUAUAGCCGACUAUAUAUCCUUCUUGUCGCGCAUACUUCCACGGGAUUCCGAAUUGGUCAUGAUGCCUUGCUAGGCGAUAACAAGGGGCACAUGUCCACAAAGAAGAAACCUGGAAAGCACCAAAAAUACAAAAAUGGUCAGGGACCGCCUCCGAAGAAGAGUAACUCGGAAGCACAUCUACAAAGAGUCUCCGACAUGAUUGACAGCUGCGUGCAAGGAUUCAUCGAGGAAUUGUCCGAGACGCAAGAUGAUACCCCCACGGACCGACAAGGUGGACCAACUGGAUCUUCAGCUGCGAAGAGAUCAUGUCUAGACUCUCACAUGAGGGACCAAAUCGUAGUGUUUGAGGCUCUUGGGAAAAUUGGAGACAAAGUGGGUAUUUCUGGAAGCGAGGCGGCUCAAGCACCUGAGGACGAGCGAUAUUGGACUCUCCACACAAAGACGGCCCAGUGGGUGUGUCAGAAGAUGUUAUACGAUGUACCUGAUAAUUAA